UUCGUGCUCGUGGCGAGGUCGGAGCGCGGCGUGAGGGGAGCGCGGGCCGGGCUCAGUUUGGGCCUUUUGGGGCCUUUUUGGGGGGAAUUUGGGGCUUUUUGGGGUCCCCAACGCGUCCCUUUUGUCCCCCCGCAGGUCCCGGAGUCGCCAUGGGCCGCCGGCCGGCGCGAUGCUACCGCUACUGCAAGAACAAACCCUACCCCAAGUCCCGCUUCUGCCGGGGGGUCCCAGACCCCAAAAUCCGAAUUUUCGACCUGGGGAGGAAAAAAGCCAAAGUGGACGAGUUCCCCCUGUGCGGGCACAUGGUGUCGGACGAGUACGAGCAGCUCAGCUCCGAGGCCCUGGAGGCCGCCCGGAUCUGCGCUAACAAGUACAUGGUGAAGAGCUGCGGCAAGGACGGCUUCCACAUCCGCGUGCGCCUGCACCCCUUCCACGUCAUCCGCAUCAACAAAAUGCUCUCCUGCGCCGGGGCCGACAGGCUGCAGACGGGGAUGCGGGGGGCCUUCGGGAAGCCGCAGGGCACGGUGGCGCGCGUGCACAUCGGCCAGGUGAUCAUGUCCAUCCGCACCAAGGCCCAGAACAAGGAGCACGUGGUGGAGGCGCUGCGCAGGGCCAAGUUCAAAUUCCCCGGGCGCCAGAAGAUCCACAUCUCCAAGAAGUGGGGCUUCACCAAGUUCAACGCCGACGCCUUCGAGGAGAUGGUGGCCCAGAAGCGCCUGAUCCCCGACGGCUGCGGGGUCAAGUACGUCCCCUCGCGGGACCCCUGGAUCGCUGGAGGGCCCUGCACGCCUGAACCCCAAAAAAAAACCCCAAAGACCCCCGGGACCCCCCCCCAAAUCCGCGGGGAACCCCCAGAUCCGCGGGGAACCCCGAAAGGACGGGGAGGAGGAGCCCCGGGUGGGUUUGGGUGAAAUAAAAAGGUUCUGGUUCCUGCAA